AUGCUCAACAUCUUGCGGUGGCGAUCAGAUCGCACACCAACCACAGAAAUCACAGAAUCAUGGGAGGAAAUCGAAUGUCCAGUCACGGACAGCCAGAUUCGUCCCUUCAAAAUCGCAGUGCCCGACUCUAAGCUAGAGGAUCUCAAAUGGCGCCUCAAGCACACCAGAUGGCCUGAGGAAGCCACUGUCUCGGACUGGUCUCAGGGCCUGCCACUAUCGACAAUCAAGGAUCUAUGCUCAUACUGGCAGCACGACUACGACUGGCGACAAUGCGAGAAGAGACUCAACAGCUACCCCCAAUUCCUCACCGAGAUCGAUGGUCUCGAUAUUCAUUUUUACCACAUCCGCUCAAAGCACGAAGAUGCCCUGCCGAUGAUCAUGACGGGUGGCUGGCCCGAUACCAUCAUCGCAUUGCUGCCGACCAUUGAGCCUUUAAUUGACCCAACGCGUCAUGGCGGUAAGGCGAAAGAUGCGUUUCAUCUGAUUCUACCAACGCUUCCUGGCUUCGGGUUUUCUGGCAAGCCUACGAAGACAGGGUGGGGCAGUGCAAAGAUCGCGGCCGCGUGGCGCGAAUUGAUGGAUCGCCUUGGCUACCACGACCGCUGGGUCGCGCAAGGAGGCGACUGGGGUGCGGAUAUUGUAGCAGAACUCGCUAGUAACUCUCCGCCAUCGUCACUUAUCGGUAUACACAUGAACACCGCAUUCUUCGACGCCAAAAAGGAAACGCAAGGCUCAAAGAUGGGUUUGACAGAAGGUGAGCAACGAGCUCUUGCCUUGCUCGAGAAGUGGGAGAGAGCGGAAUCUGCAUACCUCCUAGAACAUGCAACUCGGCCCCAGACUGUAGGCUAUUCGCUUGCAGACUCACCUUCGGGCCUCUUGGCGUGGAUAUUCGAGAAGCUAUCGGCGUGGUCGCAGGACGAGCCUGGUCGGCAGAAGGAUGUUCUGACUAUGAUCCCCAAGAAGGAGGUGAUUGAUAAUAUUAUGGUGUUCUGGGUCACGAAUAGCAUCACUUCAUCGAUGAGGCUGUAUUGGGAAAAUGGGGACAACACUGCUCUGCCGAUCGAUCUUCCGGUGGGACAAUAUUAUACAUUGGAGGGAGCUAGAUAA